AAGUUAAGUUGAUAAGGGUGUAACCCUCAUCCAUUGGAAACUCUUUCCCAGAUUUCAUCACUACAAGAAGAACAAAUUCCAAGCAUUUUGCAUGACAUUCAAUCUGGUAAGACCAUGUUGUUGUUUACUGAUUCAAUGUUAAAAUUCAAUCUCUUUCAUGUUUUCACUCAUACUACUACACUUCACUCUACUUUAACUGUUCAUUGCAGCAAUCAUUUUUCUAAUUUAUCUGUUUCUGUUUCCAACACAAAUCAAGAUGACUCUUUUAUGUUAUCAAACAUCAUUAACUCAGCUGGGUUGUCCCCUGAAACAUCCCUUAAACUUAAAAACUCUGAUGAUGGCCCAAAUGCUGUAAUUCAACUUCUCAGAAACUAUGACUUCUCUGAUUCCCAAAUAUCAACCCUUGUUAAGAAACAUCCUAGAGUACUUUUAUCAAACCCUGAAAAGACCCUUUUGCCUAAACUCGAGUUUUUGCUAUCUAUUGGGGUUUCAACCACUGAUCUCCCUAAAAUCCUAAUUGGUAACACUACCUUUUUUAAAAGAAGUUUGGAGGAAAACAUUAUACCUCGUUAUCACAUUAUCAGGACCCUUGUUCGCAAUGAUAAAGAGCUAAUUUCAGUUAUGAAGAAUUGGACAACCAACGUUUACCCUGAUUCCAUGGUUCCAAACAUUGAGGUUUUAAGGAAUCUUGGUGUGCCUCAACAUUCGGUUUCCUUUAUGGUAACCAAUUUUCCCAGUGGAGCAUUCGCCAAGCAUUCUAGAUUUGUUGAGGCUGUUAAUUUAGUUAAGGAAAUGGGGUUCGAUCCUUUGAAGUCGAAUUUUGUUUUGGCAGUUCCAGUAAUUGCAAGGAUGAACAAAGAGACGUGGGAAUUGAAAUUGAAGAUUUUUGAGAGGUGGGGAUGGUCGAAAGAUAUCUGUCUUUUGGUGUUCCAAAAGUAUCCUCGAUGUAUGGCGACCUCGGCAAAAAAGAUUCAAAAAAUAAUGAGUUUCUUGGUGAACGAUAUGGGUUUUACACCAUACGACAUUGCUAGAUGCCCUUCGGUUUUUAACCGUAGCUUGGAGAAAACAAUUGUCCCUAGAUGUACAGUUAUUAAGAUUUUGAUGUCAAAGGGUUUCAUAAAGAGUAGUUUGAGCAUAAAUACCUUUAUUAUGAUAAGGGAGAAAACAUUUUGGGAGAGAUAUCUUACCGCUUUUCAGAAGGAUUAUCCACUCUUAUUGGAUGCAUAUAAAGGUCAGAAUUCCGAUUGAUCAUCUGGAUAUGCUCUACGCUUUCAAGAUAUUUAGUAGUUAUACUUCAUAGGAGAAGUUGAUUAUUAAUUUUUUUGUGAUUUUCAUUUACGGCUUACUUGUUUUUAGACCUGAUCUUCAACCUGUGUUUGUUUUGUUUCAUUUAGAUUUGAAACUUCCCUAGAUAAUCAGUUUUUACUAGUUAGGUGUACCAAUGGUGUUUUUUACCUUUUCCUAUGUAGUAUUUGAUAAAAAAAAAAGUCCUUUAGUCUUCUGUUAUGAGGGCAUCUGUGUAUUUACACUAACAAAAUUUAGAAUAUAUUUUGGAGUACUAUCAUGCAUGGUAUGUUACUGAUAA